GCCUAACAUUGAUGUUUACUAAAGAAUAGUUUAACUCCUGGUAAACUUCGUGAACUUUUUCUUAAUGUCUUAAAAACCGGACAAAAUGGAACCUAAAUACUUAAACAAAGUAAUUUUAAACGCUGAUGUAUAUGCGGUAUGUCUGCAACACGCGCUGUCCACCGAAAAGGAGGAAGUCAUGGGUCUUCUAAUCGGAAACGUGGAUGAAACUACUUCUACCUCACAUAUAUCAGCCUGUACUAUUCUGCGGCGUAUUGAUAAACAACCAGAUAGAGUUGAAAUAUCAUCUGAACAACUUCUGCAAUCUUUUAACUUAGCUGAGAAACUUUCUAAUCGACUCAAGAAAGAACUCAGAGUAAUUGGCUGGUAUCACUCUCAUCCACAUAUUACAGUUUGGCCAAGUCAUGUUGAUAUUAAAACUCAGGCUUUGUACCAAAUGAUGGAACGUUUUUUUGUUGGGCUGAUUUUCUCAGUAUUUCCAAAGAAUGCUGGUUCUGUAGACAAUCAGGUGCAAGUAAUAGCCUUCCAGUCGUUGAGUGAUAGCGAUCGUCGGUUGGAAAUCAAGCUGGAAAUUGCUGAUUCAAAGCUAGCCACACAUAACUUGGAAGCUUUGUCUACAUUGCCUAAAAACCUAGUGCAGGAAGAGAAAGAUAAUCAUAAAGAUGCACCGGAUGACGAGUGCGAUGAUUUUCUAAUUAGUAUGCACAAUGAAGCAUUGAAAACUUUGAAUCAUGUGCACAUCGUGUCGAAAAUAACGCGGCCAAUAUGCGAAGAUUUGGAGAAACGUCUGGAAACAAAUCGGUUGCGGAUUGCGGAAUUGAAACGGAUCGUCAAACUAUUAGAACGAGGACAAUUCGCGUAAGAGUGCCAUAUUUUUAUAUAUAUUUUAAUCAUAAAACAAUUGAUUAUGAUAUUUAUUUAUCUUAACAUGUUCGUUCAUUUUGAGAACAACUGUUAAAAUAUUAUUUUUGUACAUACGAGUGCAAAUCGCAAGUUUUUUGCACUUUUUGGAACUUAAGCAGAUUAAAACGUUGAAAAUUA